CGAAAAUGAAAGCUAAACUAAGCUAUACUGAACAUCCCUUCAACAUAGACUGUGUGAGCUUCGUAUUGCUUCCAAAUAAUCCAGAGAUAUGAACAAAAAAAGAGGAGGCGUACACUUCCAAAAUGAUUUCUUCCGAGGAAGACGACAACGAGAUUUUCAGAGAGAUAAAUCCAUGCCGUUUCCGUAUAGACGCACGUACGGGAAAAAAUGGUCCCAUGGUAGGCCUACUUUACAUGCUCAACAGAACCAUAAUCAGCAAGAAUUACCAACAAACAGAGGUUAUGGCUCAAAUGUCAAGACCGCUUUGAAUAUAAUUAUAAAGGAUCUGCAGCCCCUAAGUUCUAUGACAAGACAUCAUCUCACAAGGGCUCUACAAUCCACUUUAGAUGUUCAGUUAAGUGCCCCGUUGAUCCGAAAUGAACUUCAGAACCUUUACAGGCACAAGAGGGUGGAAGUACAGAAUGCAGUCCAUGAUGCAAGUAACCUCACUCUUUCAGCCGAGUUGUGGAGCUCCAGUGAGAAUAUGUUUUACCUGACAGUGUCCUGUCACUUAAUCAGUAAAAACUGGAAGCUGAAAUCGUAUGUGCUAGAUACAGCUCAUUUACUCACCAAGCAUACAGCAGAGAAUGCAGCAGACCACCUUUUGAGAAUUUCAAACGAGUGGAACGUCACAGAAAAAAUUCAGAUUGUGGUCACAAAUAUUGAUGGCAUAAAGAAGGCCCAUAACAAUGGAUGCAGGUGGACCUAUAUACCUUGUUUUGCUCAUACUUUGGAUAAAGUUUUCAGAGAAACCAUACAGGGAACCGACUACGAAUCUCUACUCAGGAAAUGUCAGCAAAUAGUUGCGUUUUUCCACCAAAGCGACAAAGCCUCACAAAAUCUCCAGCAGUACUGUGCUUCUCUCAAGCUCAGGCAAAGUCAACUGAUUCAGUCCCGUGGUCUAAAGUGGCUUACUACUCUUCAUAUGCUGAAGAACAUCUUAGAGCAGUGGAAAGCCAUUUUUAAGGUUUUUGUCGACGGACGAGUGGAGGAUCUUUGCCUGAAUGAAAUUGAAAGAAAAAUAAUUGAAAACAUUGUGGCAGUGCUGGAUAUUCUGAAGGACACCACAGAGGAAGUAGGAAGUCAAGGGUUCAGCCCCAUCUCAAACAUCAUACCACUUGUCCAAAAACUGCAGGAGAGGCUGAGAAACCAAUGGAUGGUGGAGAACAGAAUAGCGAAAAAACUGUCAGAGAGGUGUGACCAUCACAUCGGCAACAUCAAGAAAAACCUUUGGUUUAGAGUUAGCACCGCACUGGACCCGCGAUACAAAACCAGCGUUCUGCAGGACUCGGGCAUUGAAGAUAUCACAGCAGAAAUCAGGAAACAGAUCAGAGGAGAUACACACACAGAGUCAGUCUUUCAAAAGUACUGGAAAACAACAAGCAUUUCAGUGAACGCACUUGAAUUCUGGAAGAGCGAUGAAGAGAAACUGGCAAUGGUGGCCCGCAAGUACCUCACAAUGGUCUCCACUGCUAUUCCAGUGGAGCGUGUGCACCAGCUGCAAGAAUCACAGCUUGUCGACAGGAGAAACUGUCUGGAGCCAGAAAAUGUCAAUAUUAUGCUGUUUUUGAACAGCAACCAAUGAAGAAAACACAUUAUGUAAUUACACGUAUACUUCAUGUAAAUAAUGCUCAGCACUGUACAUUUUUCAAAAAGUCACAAUUUAAAUGUCAAAAUGUAAAUAUCUGUGACAUGGAUGCCACCUCAUCCAAACCUGUAAGAGUCUAAUGAAAUCUAUGAAAUAAAAUGUAAUUCGUUUAAAAAGCA